CCUUUUCCUUCCUCCUCCCCUCUCAAACGGCUGCGCGGCUCCCCCCAAUCCCCUCCUAAAACCUCUCCUCAGUCCUCCCUCUCCUCCGGCCGCUCGCGAGCGCUCACGGACAUCAAAACCACAUAGCCCAAGAGCAAGCGCGACAGCCCGGCUCGGUGUGAAGAAAGAUUCGGGCGGCGGCGGCGGAUUGACCUGAGAUUUCCGGCGAGAUGAAGUACGUGCUGGUCACCGGCGGCGUGGUGAGCGGCCUCGGCAAGGGCGUCACGGCCAGCAGCAUCGGCGUCGUCCUCAAGGCGUGCGGCCUCCGCAUUACGUCCAUCAAGAUCGAUCCUUAUCUUAAUACCGAUGCUGGGACUAUGUCCCCGUUCGAACACGGUGAAGUGUUUGUGUUAGAUGAUGGUGGUGAGGUGGACUUGGAUCUUGGGAAUUAUGAAAGGUUUCUUGAUAUUAAACUCACCCGGGACAACAAUAUAACCACUGGCAAGAUUUACCAGUCUGUUAUUGACAAGGAGAGGAAAGGGGAAUACUUGGGAAAGACUGUGCAGGUUGUGCCACACAUCACAAAUGCCAUACAAGACUGGAUUGAGCGUGUUGCGAUGAUACCGGUGGAUGGCAAGGACGGACCAGCUGAUGUCUGUGUGAUAGAACUGGGGGGAACAAUUGGUGAUAUUGAAUCUAUGCCAUUCAUUGAAGCUUUGGGUCAAUUCUCUUAUCGUGUUGGACCUGGUAACUUCUGUUUGGUGCAUGUCAGUCUUGUUCCAGUUCUAAAUGUUGUUGGUGAACAGAAAACUAAGCCGACUCAACACAGUGUGCGUGGUUUAAGGGGACUUGGUCUCACCCCAAAUAUUUUAGCUUGUCGCAGUACAAAGGAACUGGAAGAAAACGUGAAAGAGAAACUCUCCCAGUUCUGCCAUGUGCCGGCAUCUAACAUUGUCACUCUAUAUGAUGUUUCCAAUAUUUGGCGUAUUCCAUUGUUGCUACGGGACCAAAAAGCACAUGAAGCUAUUCUUAAAGUUCUGAACAUUCAAAGCUUUCCUGGUGAGCCAAAAUUGGACGAGUGGGUUGCAAGAGCUACUAUGUUUGAUACCCUUCAGGAUACUGUGAGGAUUGCUAUGGUUGGAAAGUACACUGGUCUAUCUGACUCUUACCUCUCUGUGCUGAAGGCCCUCUUGCACGCUUCAGUUGAUUGCCGCAGGAAGCUUGUUGUUGAUUGGGUUGCUUCUACAGAUCUUGAGGACUCCACCAAAAUUGAGGCACCUGAUGCUUACAAAUCAGCAUGGACUUUAUUGAAGGGUGCCGAUGGCAUUUUAGUACCUGGUGGCUUCGGAGAUAGAGGUGUUCAAGGAAAAAUCCUGGCUGCUCAGUAUGCACGCGAAAACAAUGUACCAUAUCUUGGUAUAUGUCUUGGAAUGCAGAUGGCUGUUGUAGAAUAUGCUAGGAAUGUCAUGAAUCUCUCUGAUGCGAACAGCACUGAAUUUGAUCCCAAUGCCAAGACCCCAUGUGUUAUUUUUAUGCCAGAGGGUUCGAAAACACAUAUGGGUGGUACAAUGCGCCUAGGAUCGAGGAGGACAUUCUUCAAGGUUGCUGAUUGCAAGUCUGCUAAAUUGUAUGACAAUGUGGAUUAUGUAGAUGAGAGGCACCGGCACAGAUAUGAGGUAAAUCCUGAUAUGGUGCCAGAGUUUGAAAUUGCUGGACUUCAAUUUGUUGGGAAAGAUGAGAGUGGCAGGAGAAUGGAGAUAAUCGAAAUACCAAAUCACCAAUAUUUUGUUGGCGCACAAUUUCAUCCUGAAUUCAAGUCAAGACCUUCAAAACCUUCUCCGUUAUUUGUUGGGCUAAUCGCUGCCUCAUCUGGGCAACUGGGUAAGGUUCUGCAAAACUGCUCCAGCGACCAUGUGGUUCCUGCUAAACAUCAAAAUGGUCCAUACGUGCCUGCAGUACACCAAAAUGGGCAUGCUAAGAAGCUUAUGAAUGGCCUAUCGAAUGGAACAUACUACCCCAAUGGGAACGGUGUCCAUGCCUAGUGCCUCACCUUGCUGCUCAAAGGAUUUGCACCCUUUUACUUGUUUUUUGCAAUUCUUGUUGCAUCAGUUUUGCAGUGGCUGGCUGGCUAAACUACCAUUGGUCGCUCGAGGAAGAAAAAGUUCUUUUGCUCGAUGCUGACUGUCUGCAGGGGAUGGUGCUCGUUCCGUCGGUUUUAGUGAAAGAACCGAGCUUGAUCUGCGUGAGAGUGGUUUGCGUGUUGUUCUCUACCAUCUUCUGUAAGAGAACAGAAGUGGGUAAGAAGAGUUUCCAUGCUGUAUAUCUGAAAAAGGAAAGGCUGAAUGUUUUAUUUGUUCUUGCUUAAGAUAGAUUUUAAGAGAGUUCUGAAGAAAAAUGCUGGGAUGUAAGAGAAUUUUGGUGUUUGGCAGUUUGUACUUGGACGUGGUUUUUGUGCCUUUGCACAAAUAAGUUAGUGUUUUGUAUGAUUUA